ACUGGUCCGUAGUGUGGAAAUAACAGAAUCCCACCCCAUUUCCAGCAGCUCCUCUUCUCCGAUUCUCCUUCUCUAUAUAAACUCAGUCACUGACUCUGUUUUCUCAGUUCGCCUUCUCCUCCUCCUUCAAUUCCUGCAACAGCCAUACCAAAUCACAGAUCCACUUUGUAUUUAGUUAUGGCUCCAGCAGCAGCUUCAGAUUCAAUAAAGCCCAGAGAUGUUUGCAUUGUUGGUGUUGCACGAACACCUAUGGGUGGUUUUCUCGGUUCUCUGUCAUCCUUAUCUGCCACCAAGCUUGGGUCGAUAGCUAUAGAAGCUGCUCUUAAAAGAGCAAAUGUUGAUCCAUCACUCGUGCAAGAAGUUUUCUUUGGCAACGUUCUUAGUGCAAACCUUGGGCAAGCUCCUGCUCGACAGGCUGCCUUAGGUGCAGGGAUUCCUAACUCAGUCAUCUGUACCACUGUGAACAAAGUCUGUGCAUCGGGGAUGAAAGCCACAAUGCUUGCAGCACAGAGUAUCCAGUUGGGCAUUAAUGAUGUAGUUGUGGCUGGUGGGAUGGAAAGCAUGUCUAACGCUCCUAAGUAUCUAGCAGAAGCAAGGAAGGGGUCUCGGCUAGGCCAUGAUACUCUUGUUGAUGGGAUGCUAAAAGAUGGGUUAUGGGAUGUUUAUAAUGAUUGUGGCAUGGGAAACUGUGCUGAAUCAUGUGCGGAAAAGUAUGCUAUUACAAGGGAGGAGCAGGAUAACUUUGCUAUUCAGAGUUUUGAGCGUGGUAUUGCUGCCCAAGAGGGUGGUGCUUUUACAUGUGAAAUUAUUCCGGUUGAAGUUUCUGGUGGAAGGGGAAAGCCUUCAACCAUUGUUGAUAAGGAUGAAGGUUUGGGGAAGUUUGACCCUGUAAAAUUGAGGAAGCUGAGACCUAGUUUCAAGGAGAAUGGGGGCACUGUCACUGCUGGCAAUGCCUCUAGCAUAAGUGAUGGUGCUGCUGCUUUAGUUCUAGUCAGUGGUGAGAAGGCACUGAAGCUAGGACUUCAAGUGAUUGCAAAGAUCACUGGAUAUGCUGAUGCUGCUCGGGAACCAGAAUUUUUCACUACAGCUCCUGCCCUUGCAAUUCCAAAAGCCAUUUCACAUGCUGGCUUGGAUGCUUCUCAAAUUGAUUAUUAUGAAAUAAAUGAAGCCUUUGCUGUUGUAGCUCUUGCAAACCAGAAACUUCUCAACCUUAAUCCAGAAAAGGUUAAUGUGAAUGGUGGAGCUGUCUCCUUGGGUCAUCCUCUGGGUUGCAGUGGAGCUCGUAUCUUGGUUACUCUCUUGGGGGUAUUGAAGCAGAAAAAUGGGAAAUAUGGUGUUGGGGGUGUUUGCAAUGGAGGAGGAGGUGCAUCCGCACUAGUUAUUGAGCUUGUCUGAGCCUUUUUAUGUUCAGGUAGGAGUGACAUUGAAACUAUCUUUUGGAGGAUAGAAAAAUGCUGUCAGCAAAGUCCAAUGUUGUGCAAUUCUCUCUCUCCCUCUUUUCUCCCUUCGUAACUUCUUUGUUUUCCAAAUAAAUUGUAUUCUUCAUUUUAAUUCUCAGAAGAAAAUGAAUGUAUUUUCAGUGCUGUUCAUCGUCACCAUUUACCAAAAACCUAUUGGUUGCAAUUGUAGAGCAAUGUUAACUGUAGAGUCAAACUCCAUUAUUGACUUGGUUUGGAGGCAAUUUCAAUUCUGAGUAGAAAUAAUCAAAUGCUAAGCAGCAAAUGCUACAGAGUUGAGCAGCGAACUUUUUAUAUAAAUUUAAUUGAUUCAA